AUGAAGUCUUUUGCAGAAAUACGAGAGCUCUUCUCGUCAUACGCAAGCAAAUCCUUUGACUUUACAUUCAAAUGGAUUGACAAGUUAAAAUGGUUGAUAUUAAUAUUUUGGUUGGUGACGACGUUAGGGUUGGCGUAUUGUGCGUUUGAGUUUUUGAUGCACACGUCAAUGGUGGUGACUGCACCAAAGGGUACUUUGGCGUAUACCGCAAAUGCACUUUACAAAGAGCAAUUCCCAGACAUUUCUGGACGUUCCGAGGAUGCACUAGUAAUUCGACAAAUUGAGAAGAAUGAUGAUAUUAACAACUCGACAUACCUCAAAGAGUUCAGUGAAUAUUUUGUAGCAAAGGUGUAUGGGGACCCCCAUUCAAAUUUGGUCAAGAAAAUAGCUGGAAGAUACAUUGACCAGAAUUCCACAACAAAAAUUGAAGAAUUUGUGAAUGGAGUCACUUCCCUUGCAAUGGUAUCCAACGACACGACCAUCAUUCAAAUUGAGUUAAGUGGUGAUGAUCCAACUGCUGUCGCUCCUUUAGUGAAACGAAUGCGAAAAUACAUUUCUGAGUAUAUAGACGAUGUUGGAGCGUUUGGGUAUACAUUUGAUAUAACUGGGUAUGAUGCUCUAGGUAUCGACUUACAAACUGUUGUUAUUAAAGCGUUAGAGAAGAUGGACUUUUGUGUGUUACCAAUAGCAUUAUUGAUAUUGUUGUACGUCGUCCAAUCUCCAGUUUUGUUAGUAGUACCCCUCUGUAACAUAUUAGCUAUUAUAGUGAUCUCAUUUGGACUGAUGUACCCAUUGUCCUUAUAUGUUGAUAUUAUUGCUACUGCAGUGGACUAUUCGUUGUUCCUCCUCACGCGAUUUACUGAAGAAAUUAAUAAACAACAAAACCACUAUGAAGCUGUCAAAAACAUGUUAAGAACAUCGGGAAGAAUUGUGGGGACAAGUGGGUGCGUCAUGCUGAUAUGUUUCUCUGUUAUUACACUCUUUCCAUUUGAUAUUAUUCGGUGGAUUGGGUUUGGGUGCACAUUAUGUGUUGCAACCACAUUGAUCGUCGACUUGACUAUGACUCCCGCACUCUUCCUCUGUUUCCCACGAUUUUUCCGAUUACAGUCAUGUGUGCCGUGUUCUAAGAAGUGUGUCCGAUACACACAACGCAGAGCAAGAUUUGAAGGACUUGGCGAUAAAGCGUGGCAUUGGUUUGCAACAUUCCAGUCGAAACCGAUUGUGUCGAUCUCCAUGUUAAUUGGUGGAGUAGUAGUGUUAUUACCAUUUUGUGUUUUUGUAUAUCAAUUUCAGUGGACAUUGGACAACAACCAAGUCGUCCCAAUGAACACUGAAUUUGAUGAAGGCUUUGAGAACUUGCAACACGCUUUUCCCAUAGGUGUGUUAUAUCCAUUCAAUUUACUAGUUUAUGACGGCAAGAAUAAGGUAGACAUCACAUCUGAUUUAUAUUACAAAUUUACAGAGGAGUUGGUGUCUGGAUUUAGUGAAGAAAUGCCGUAUGGGUUUAAUAACAAUUCGAUGGUGACAUUUAACACGGCGGGUGGGAAAGUUCUCUCACCCAACGAGUUAAAGAAGUUAUUACAAUUGGAGGGAUAUCAAAAUGUGAUCAAAAACUGUGUGAGUGGUGAUUUAAGUGUCGUCAAACUCUUAUUAACACCUACAAAUGAUCCAACAAACAAUUCGACUAAAUUUGUAGCAGACAUAAGAGAGCAUUUAGACUAUUAUAUAGAGAAGUAUGGAUAUUCUAUAUUAAUACAAGGUAUAAUAAUAGAUGGAGUGGACUGUGUGAAUGCUUCCAUGUAUUAUUUUAUAUUCAUUUUGGUCAUAUUAGUCGUCGUUGUAUUACUAUUAGUAUUAAUCUUCUUCAAAAGUCUCUUAGUAGCUCUGCGAGUUGUUUUCACGACGUGUUUGACAAUAGUUUUUGUGUAUGGGUGUGCCUCCAUGGUGUUUUGUAAUGAUUAUUUUGAUUUCAUUGAUUCCGUCGAACAAACACAUGGGAUAUAUUGGGUCGUGCCAUUAAUUAGUAUUCCAAUCAUAUGUGGUCUUUCUUUGGAUUAUGAUAUUUUUUUGUUCAGUCGAAUCCGAGAGUAUCGUGAGCGUGGGUAUGUUACAGAUAUAGCCACAAUAUAUGGAGUUGAAAGGACUGGUUAUUUGAUAACCUUUUGUGGGUUAAUAAUGGCUAUUGCCUUCUCUGGUUUAUUCUUAUCUGGUCUUUUAGUCCUCAACUUAUUUGCCUUUGUUCUAACCUUUUCCGUCUUAGCAGACACCUUCAUAGUCCGGACUUUAAUCGUCCCUUCCUUCGUCCACUUAUUUAAAGAAUUCAAUUGGUGGCCCAUCAAAUACAAAACAGACGUUUUUACAUAUGAAGAAGCAGAUGAGUUUCAUGCUUACGACCACUUAGAUGCCUUAGACGAUGACAAACACGACAUAUCUAACGCUCCCAAAGAAGAAUCCAUUCAAGAGCCUUUACUCAAUUAA